CGGCCUCUUCUCCCCGGGUGGGUCGGUCUCGCCGUGCUGCUUACUUCGCUGGAGCUUCCUCGGCCAGGCCUCCGCUCACACCGCUCCAGACUCCGGCUUACUGCUGCUGUCUCCCCUCUUCCAGAGAGGAGCCUCUGAGCAGCACCUACCAUGUGUUAAAGCCAGGCUGUAACUUUCUUUACUCUUUUCCCGCUUUAGUAGGCUUUCGUCCUCACAGAGGUUGACUGUCGUGGCCCGAAAAUAGUGGAGCUAAUUCAAAGCCUCUGGGCUCGGAUUUUUAGGGCGCAGAAUCAGCCCUUGCGGUUCCCAAAUCCCAAGGAAUCUGAUCCUAAAUCAAAGACCCAAAACAUAUCCUGUUACUCUUCUACUACUAGUGCUGACCGUGACAACUAACAUUUAUACAGUUAUUGUGUGCCAGGCACCUAAGAACUUUGAAAUAAAUUUAAGCUUCCUAUUACAAUGAAAUAGAUAUUAUUGUUAUCAUUGUUCAAAUGAGAAAAUUUAUCAACCUAGUGUACUGAGUUGAAAAGUGCUCUCCUUCCUCAAAUUUCUAUCGAGAACCUUAGAAUGACAUUAUUUGAGAAUAGGAUCUUAGCAGAAUCAACCAGUUAAGAUGAGGUCAUACUCGAUUAAGUUGGGUGCUGAAUUUAGUAUGACUGUGGUUGUCCUUUUAAGAAGAGGGAAAUUUUUCACAGGGAAAAUAGCUAUAUGUAGGUAGAAGCUGGAUUAGAUUUAUGCUGCCACAAGUCAAGGUUUGCCUGCAUCAGAAGCUAAAAGAGGCAAGGAAAGAACCCAGCCUGUUGGCACAGGUUACUAAACCUAGCAAAACUAGGAGGCUGAAGCAGGAGGAUCACAAGUUCAAGCCCAGCCUGAGCAAUUGAGACUAUAUCUUUAAAAAAAAAAAAAAGACAAAAAAAUCCUCAACAGACUUUUUGUGGAGCAUGGCCUUAUAGAUACCUUGAUUUGGACUUGAUUUCAGCUUCUACCCUCCAGACCUGUGAGAGAAUAUAUCUCUGUCAUUUGAAGUCAUCCAGUUUGUGGUACUUUGUUAUAGGCAGCCCUAGGAAACUAAUACAUCCAGUGAACUCAGAUACUUUCAAAGAACUAGUCCAUUUUCUUUUCUGGUUUGGUUCUUGUUUUAUUCUUGCUUUUUAUCUUCUUCCACUCUGAUUUGUGUGGAUUUUUUGGAGGCAGUGCCAUGCAGUAGAAGUACUUUGAGUUCUGGAACAGUACUGAUCAGAGUUUGAAUCCUAGCUAUGCCUCUUUAUAGGCUGUGUGGCUGUGGCAAGAUAUUUUAUCAUUCUGAGUCUCAGUUUCCUAAUCUUUAAAAUGAAGGUAUACUGAACAGUACUGUUUAUAUUAAGUGCUUGUUGUGAUUAGAGACGUUUCAAGUGUUUCUACCUUCUCAAAUAAUAACUUCAUAUCACGGUUCAUCCAUAUAACAAAUAUGUUUUGAAUACAGUCAUCCCAUAGUAAUUUAGAAUUGGUUCCCAAAAUAUGUAGAUACUGGAGUUUCUUAUAUAAAAUGACAUGCCAUUUGUGUAUAACCCAUAUUCAUCUUCUAAAUCAUCUUUAUAAUACCUACCACAAUAUAAAUGCUCUGUCAAUAGUUGUUAUACUGCAUUAGUUUUGGAAUAAUGACAGACUCUGUACCCAUUCAAUACAGAUACUCUUUUUUUUUUGGCACUGGGGAUCGAACUCGGAUCCUUGCGCUUGCACAGCAGGUGGCGAAACCACUGAGCUAACCCCGGCCCCAGAUAGUUUUUUCCCUUUGAAUAUUUUCAACCUGUGGGUAGUUGAAUUUGUGGAUGCAUAACCCAUGGAUGUGGGGGACUGACUGUAUCUCCUAUGCUAGUUACUGCAGGAUAUCGAGGAUGCCUCUCUGAACAAGAAUGCUUAGUGCUUUUUUUAAAUGGAGCUUAUAGUUUAAUGAAAAUAUAAGCUUUAUACAACUAAUUGAUUUCUUUGUUUUGUGAUAGAUACAAUGAAAGUAUUACAAGAGUGUGCUUCAAGGUUUUUUAUCCUGGGACUAGGGAGAGGGUAGGCAAGGAAGAUACACCCAAGGAAUUUAUAUUUUGCUAGAACCUGAAGGAUGAGUAAGAAUCUCCUAAUAAAUAAUGAGAAGAAAAGGAGGUCACCAGAAAGAAGGCGGUUCAUUUGUGAAAAUUGACAUGAAUGCGGAUUGUUGAUGAUGAUGUGAGCUGGACAGCUAUCUCUACCACUAAACCAGAAAAGGAAGAGGAAGAUGAUGUAGAUCUGCCAGUGGUGGCUGAGUUUGUGGAUGAGCGACCAGAAGAGGUAAAGCAGAUGGAGGCUUUUCGUUCUAGCACCAAAUGGAAGCUUCUGGGAGACCAUAGUGAAGACCUGCCCUUACCUAUGUAUCAGGAUACUCCGGAUUCAUCUCCUAGGAGGGCCCAUCGUGAUACCCUGGAUCCAUCUCCUUCCAGGAGGGCCCGUCAUGAUACCCCGGAUCCAUCUCCUCCCAGGAGAGCCCGUCAUGAUACCCCGGAUCCAUCUCCUCCCAGGAGGGCCCGUCAUGAUACCCUGGAUCCAUCUCCUCCCAGGAGAGCCCGUCAUGAUACCCCAGAUCCAUCUCCUCCCAGGAGGGCCCAUCAUGAUACCCCGGAUCCAUCUCCUCCCAGGAGAGCCCGUCAUGAUACCCCGGAUCCAUCUUCUCCCAGGAGGGCCCGUCAAGACUCAGACACAUCUCUUCCCAGGAGGAUCCACCAUGACUCCUCAGAUGCAUCCCCUCUUAGGAAACCUCAUCAUAAUUCUUCAGAUAUAUCUCCUAGAAGAGUCCCUCAUGAUUCCUCAGGUAUCCAUAACAAUGCCUCUGACCCAUCCCAACCUAGGAGGACUCUUGACUCCUCAGACACAUGGCAUCCCAGGAGGGGUCAUCAUGACUCCUCUCAUUUGGCCCCUGAUGUUGCUCAUUCACUGCCCAGAAUCAAAAGAAAUAAAACCCCAGAAAGAGCCUCUAGCAAGACUUCUUCACAUUGGAAGGGGUCAGGACCUACUCAUCCAUCACUCCUGAAGAACAUCGAAAGUGAAUAUGAUUCAGACCUCUCUCCUCCCCGAAAAAAACAAGGAAAAUCUCAUUUUGGAGAUAAGAAGCAGCUUGAUUCUAAAGGUGACUACAGGAAAGCUUCUGAUUCAGAUCUUUCACCUCCACGGCAUAAACGGAGUCCAGGGCACCAGGAUUCUGAUUCAGAUCUGUCACCUCCAAGGAAUAGACCAAGACGCCAGAGCUCUGAUUCUGACCUCUCUCCACCAAGGAGGAAACAGAGGACCAAAUCUUCGGAUUCUGAUCUGUCUCCACCUCGAAGGAGUCAGCCUCCUGGAAAGAAGGCUGCGCACAUGUAUUCUGGGGCUAAAACUGGGUUGGUGUUAACUGACAUACAGCAAGAACAGCAGGAGCUCAAAAAACGGGAUCAAGAAAACAUGGCGUUUGAAGCCGAAUUCCAGUUUGCUGAAACUGUGUUUCGUGACAAGUCUGGUCGUAAGAGGAAUUUGAAACUGGAACGUCUAGAGCAAAAGAGAAAAGCAGAGAAGGACUCAGAACGAGAAGAGCUGUAUGCCCAGUGGGGCAAAGGGCUUGCCCAGAGCCGGCAACAGCAACAAAAUGUGGAGGAUGCAGUGAAGGAGAUGCAGAAGCCUCUGGCCCGCUAUAUUGAUGAUGAAGAUCUGGAUCGGAUGCUGAGAGAACAAGAAAGAGAGGGAGACCCCAUGGCCAACUUCAUCAAGAAAAAUAAGGCCAAGGAGAACAAGAAUAAGAAAGUGAGACCUCGAUACAGUGGACCAGCGCCACCGCCAAACAGAUUCAAUAUCUGGCCUGGAUAUCGCUGGGAUGGAGUGGAUAGAUCCAAUGGAUUUGAACAGAAGCGCUUUGCCAGGCUUGCCAGCAAAAAGGCAGUGGAGGAACUUGCCUACAAGUGGAGUGUUGAGGACAUGUAGCUUUUCUGAGGCUCUGCCAGUGCCUGUGGGUUGGGGUGGUGGCAUGAGAUAGCCAGGCAUCCAGCUGUAUCCUUUGCCUGUGCUAAUAGUGAUCAGGGCCCUCACAGACCAGCAACUUGUUGAAUGCCAAUUUUGACUAUAGAGGAAUACUUGAGACCUGAUCUAUGGACUGAGGCACCUGAAUUUCUGAGGUAUGCCAAUACUGUACCUGGCUUCUGCAGGAAGUGGUGAUUUCUGUAUUCCAGGGUUUAUUUGGCCAAGGUUUUUCUUUUUCUGUUUUUAAUAAAUAUACAUUUAUUUUUUUAAAAUCAUUUCCUAACUGGAUGUUGUAUUUGGGGAAGAUUCCAGCUAAUAUUGAAUCCUUGGGGAUCUUGUGAGCAAUGAGUGAUUAGAUUUUUCAUUAAUCUAAUUGGUAAUGAAUAAAAACUUUCUCAGUGAUCUUUCUUCUGAGAAAACAAGAAUUAGUACUAAACUAGAUUCAGGAAUAUUGGAGAGAUGGUAUAUGAUAAAGAUAGUGUCACAGUUAAGUGGAAAAGAGAUGUAUAGUGGUGCUCAAAAAAUUAGCUUAGUAUAUGGACAAAAAUAAAGCUGGAUCCCUGCCUUAUACCUUAAAACAAAAACAAAGAAACCCUAAAGCAAUUAAGGACCUAAAUGAAAUAUAAUUUAAUCAAACUAGUAGGGGGCUGGGGCUGUAGCUCAGUGAUAGAACAUAUGCCUACCUUGUAUGAGGCCCUGGAUUUGAUCCUAGCAAGAACAAAAAUAAAAGCCAGUAAGAACAAAUGGUGAACAUGUUUGUGAUCUUAGGGUGACGAUGGAUUUCUUCACAAUUCAUGGAUCUGAUUGCUUUGACUAUUUCAUAAUUAAAGCAGUUUAUAGUCACAGAUAAAAAA